GCGAGGCCCGGCGACCGACAGAGGGAGGGAAGGCUGGUAGGCGUUGCGGGAGGGUAUCUGCUCAGCCCCGCCCCGCCUUCUUGUCCUCGGGGAUGCCGGGAUGUUUACAGUCUUGACAGCGGCGGCGGCAGCGGGGGAAAGGAAAGAGAAGUUGCUUGAGUUUUGUCGCGUCACACGGCGCUUCCUUCCGCCUGCACUGCUUCGCUUCACGGGCGAGCCGCAACAUCUGAAGCGGAAAAACGAAUUUUGGAGCGCGCGGCAGCUCAAACUGAGGUCAUUCGAAAGUGUGAUUGGAAGCAAUGGACGAGCAAUCCCAAGGAAUGCCAGGCCCUCCUGUUCCUCAAUUUCAGCCACAGAAAGCCUUGCGACCUGACAUGGGCUACAAUACUUUAGCCAACUUUCGAAUAGAGAAGAAGAUUGGCCGUGGACAAUUCAGUGAAGUUUACAGAGCCACAUGCUUGUUGGACGGUGUGCCAGUAGCCUUAAAAAAGGUUCAGAUAUUUGAUUUAAUGGAUGCGAAGGCCCGUGCUGACUGUAUCAAAGAAAUAGAUCUUCUUAAGCAAUUGAAUCAUCCAAAUGUAAUUAAAUACUACGCCUCGUUUAUUGAAGACAAUGAAUUAAAUAUAGUGCUAGAAUUAGCAGAUGCUGGUGACCUUUCUAGAAUGAUCAAGCACUUUAAGAAACAGAAGCGACUGAUUCCUGAAAGAACCGUUUGGAAGUAUUUUGUUCAGCUGUGCAGCGCCUUAGAGCAUAUGCAUUCACGGCGUGUAAUGCAUCGAGACAUCAAGCCUGCAAAUGUGUUCAUUACAGCUACAGGAGUAGUAAAACUUGGAGACCUUGGACUGGGAAGAUUUUUUAGCUCCAAAACCACAGCUGCACAUUCUUUAGUGGGAACACCUUAUUACAUGUCUCCAGAGAGAAUCCAUGAAAAUGGAUACAACUUCAAAUCUGAUAUCUGGUCUCUAGGAUGUCUGUUGUACGAGAUGGCUGCAUUGCAAAGUCCAUUCUAUGGUGACAAAAUGAACUUAUACUCUUUAUGUAAAAAGAUCGAACAAUGUGACUAUCCACCUCUUCCAUCAGAUCACUAUUCAGAAGAACUGCGACAAUUAGUUAACAUGUGCAUUAACCCCGAUCCAGAGAAGCGACCAGAUGUAACCUAUGUUUAUGAUGUAGCAAAACGUAUGCAUGCACUCACUGCGAGCAGCUAAAAGACUCAUCAAGUUCUGAAGAGGAUACAACUAAUCUUGCAAUUUCCAAGAAUUAUUGCAGAAACUGUCUUCCACCUUGACUUCCAUCUGUUACCUACAGUUUAACUAUUUGCAGUUAGCCCAUUUAACAAUUUUGUUACAGAAGUGUUACUUUAAAAUAUUGUAGGGAUUUUUUUUUUUAAGUUCGUAGAAUACAAAAAAUUUCUAAAUUGACAAGCAUGAGCGGAAAACUGGCAGUCUCUAAUGACUGGAAACUUUGGCAAUUUACAAACAUUAGUACAUGAAUUUCCAAAAUUGUAUGACGUCCUGCUGUUCAGUUCUACAUAGCUGAAUUGUUGUUUUACUUGUUUACUAUAAGCUUAACUCUUGAAUCAGUUCCUCUGUUUUUAAUAAUUUAUAGAUGUGAUGAAUCAGCACAAUUAGUGAAUUUAUUGUUCAUUAGUGGAUUUAUUGUUGCCUUUCCCCCCCUUUCCCCUGGAGGCAAUUAAUUAAUAGGAAUUUUUAAUGAGUUAUGUAGUUUACAGUUUUGCUUGUCAAGAUAAAUGCAGAUAGAAACCAUUUUAUUAGCUGUUGAACUUUAACACAGCUGCUGAAUGUGAAAGGAUGCUUUUUGGAGAAAUUGUCCAACACUGAAAAAUAAUCCUGUUGAGCUUUUGUUUCUUUAUCUUUGCACAGCAUCCUAAUUCACAUCCCUAAAAAAUUUCAGAUGUUUAUGGUGCCAUGUUGGAGGAGAAUAGUGCAAGCAUAUAGACCUUAGGACUAAUCAUUCCCCAAAUCUGUAGUUUUCAAGGCUGAGUUCCACAGUGUUAAGUGGUUUCAAAAUUCUUCUUACUCUUCUUCUUUGAAAGAGAAAGCUCUCAUUCUAAACUCUUCUGCUGAAAUCAAUGGGUUUUACGAGUGCCUACUUUAGGACUCAGUUAUGCCCACCUUUUAUGGAUUUUACAAGUACCUACUUUAGGACUCAGUUAUGCCCAUUGCAAUCCUAUGUAAUGUUAUUGUCUUCUAAGAUAUAACUCUGCAUAGGAUUGCACUGUAUGUGUGGAAUGCUUGUGUAAAUCCUUAUGGCUGUGAUUCAGUACUUCUCAUUGAGGCAUAAUUUGCUUCCAAAGGCUAUCAUUCUGUGUCCCUCUUCCUACAUCUUUUUUAAAAAAAGAAAUAUCUUGGAAGAUUUUGCAUGUUACGCUGGCAGUUUUAAAAGCUAGUUUACACUAAGAAAUUAAACAGUUGCUGCAUAGAGACUGCUUGAGAUUGCCUGCAUGUGACAACUGUUCCAUGUGGAAAAUGAUUUAAGUGCUAAAGCACCUCAUGUGGGUCAAAGACCCCAAAAUGGCUUUCUCUACACUAUUGUAAACUAGCAACAGGAAUGUAUUUCAGAUACAUAGGGCUGAACCUCAUAGCAACAGGCAAUCAGUGUGGCUGCCAAACUUUUAUAAGAAUAGCCUUUUAUAAUGAAGACAUUUGCUUUCUAAAUCACCAAUGUGUGUGUCUUUUGUAUUAAUUUUAAUUUACAAAACAUUAUUUUGUUUCUUGAAAAGAGUUAGCUCAAGGUUUAAAAAUAGAGAUAUAUUUUAUACAGUAGCCAUAAACAUUUAAAGUAGAGGCAGGCUAAGUUCAUGGGCGUAGGCAUGAAUGGUUUUUCUUUUUAGUGAAAGCAUGAUUUUUUGUAAUUACAAAAUUCGAUGUAUACAGAGCUGUAAUCUCUCAAAAUUUUGGGAGUCCCUUGAAGUGUCAGAUUGGGCCUUUGAUAGUGUGGCUUGGUAACAGGGAAAACCAGAUAGAAAUGCUGCAGCAUUUCUUUUAUUAAUUCACCAUGCAGUUAGUAUUCUUAUCUGUUUGGUUGCGUUCAUUAUAAAAGCAUAUGUAAGACAGAAAUGCUCCUUCCAAUACAACUGCUGAUGUUACCUAUUACAAUGCACUUGCUGUUGCUGUGGAGCCUAUCAGGAAUGGCAAUGGUGUUGCUGAGGCUACAUAUGCAGCAUUUGUCUCCUGUAUAAGAGCCAGUAGGUAAAAGUUUAGAAGGGAGAGUCACAUUUGUAGCAUCCAUAGCACCAACAUGCCAUAACAGCUGUACUUGCAGCUGAUUCUCUUCUCUGUGCUCAGAACUGUGGCUCCCUCCCAUGAUUAAAUAAGAGUAGCACAGUGGUAUGUUCACACAUCCCUAUUCCCAAUCUAGCUAGAUAUGUUUAACCAGCUGGAGGCAAUGAGAUCCAAGCUUCAUAUUCCAUUGUCCAAGGACACUUGCUUUGGCAGAUAGGCAUAUUGCUGUUCCUGGGGUGGGGUGGGGUGGGGGUCCCUGAACUAGGCAUCAAUGUUGAGGUGGGAGCUGCAAGAAGAUGAUAAGGUGUGAAAGUUCCAUAGCACAAACAGAACAGAACUCACAGUGCUUUGGAUCAUGUCCAAUAAGUGCUGAUUGACCAAGUCCUUAUUGUGUUACUACUUAACAACAGAACUGAGUAAACAGAAGCUUUUUUAUGGCUACAGGAUUCCCUUAGAAGCUUCUUUAAAUGGUUUUGUUUUAAUGUCUGUGAUGCUCCAUUCCUGUCCAGCAGCCUAGUUUAAUGACAGCAACCCUGCUCAGUUUCUGACCUACCAAAUAAAAUGUAGCCCAAUAGCACGUUGGUAAGCUACCAGGUGCUUACCAAUCCCCCCCCUGCUUUUGUCAGUCCCGUAUGGGAAGCAACAUUUAAGUUUUUGGACUCCUUCGGAACCUGUCAUGUAUGGUUUGUGGGAUGCAUUUAGCUGGGUCAUCACAACCUUGAGUCAGAACCUUUUCAUUGGAGGAAUUUGAGUUUGUUUAUGCUCAUACAUCUUUAUUUUUUAUAGCCAAAAGUGGGCAGUUUUGCACAACUAUUUUUUCUGUUUCAGGGUCAUAGUAUUAGGAAAGCAUUUGUUCAUAUAAGAUUACUAUUCUAAUUGCAAUGGUGCCCUGUCCCAUAGCACAAUUGUGCCUUUAAUGUCAACAUUCAGAAUUUGAGAGCAAUAUAGUAGUUUGCAUUAAAAAUUAGUUCUAUUCCAUGAUGAGCUUUUAAUUAUAUAUACAUAUAAGGAGGGCCAAAGUUUCAUUUGCUAAAGCAGAGAAUAGGAUAGUAAUUGCUAGAUCCUCAUUACCAUGUAUUACUAUGCAAAAAUAUUCCAGGAAUUAAAAAAAUAUAUACUUUCCCUUUUUUCAGCAUUAUCAAGGUUUGGGUACAAGCGGCUUAACACAGUUUGCAGGAAAUAUUCUUAAAGUCCCAAUUUUAUACAUGGUUACUUAUCAGUAAGUACCACAAGUUCUUCGAGGCUUACUCCCAGCUGAGUGUGCAUAAGAUUGCAGCUUUAACUAGUUUUAGUCCAGAUGUGCACUUUGCUAAAAAUGCAUGCUUUUUAACAUCCAUAGUGUCUAAAAAGAAAUACCUUUGCAAAGGAUUGGAAACUGUUAUGACGUACAUUCAGCUAGUUCACCUGAAAAGCAAGAGUGCCUUUAUUUAAAAGAAAUCCAGUGUUGAUAAUUUAAUUAUAUUGAAUUACCAAUAAUGUGAUUUUACAAGCUAGCAUACAAAUACAUGAGACUGAUGCCACUGGUCUCAGAAAGGCACUCUUGUAUUAGGCAGAGAGGGUCAAGCCUGGAGCCAGUCUUGGACAUUGUGCAGCAGCAAAAAAUGAAAUAACUUGAGAUAGCAGAGGAAAUCUAUAUUAAGGACAAUAGUCCUGCCAGUAGGUCAGUUGAGUGUGUUGUUCUUCACACAGUCCAGAAUUGCAAAAAGGCCCAAAACCCAUAGGCUAAAUGGGAAAGGCCUGUUUCACAAGUUAUGGGAAAAACUGGUCAAGCAAGGGUCUAAUUAGUAAGUUAGCAGCAAUAGUAUGGAAGCUGUCACUGCAGAAUAUCCACUUCCACAUCCCUAUAGCAUGUAUUUGAAUGAUGUAAUUACAUGUUUAAGGAUGUCAACAUGGUGAAUUCUGCUGCUAGUAUCACUACUCCUUGGGGAGGGAUUCUAUUAAAUUUUACUGGAGAAGACUAUUUUAAUGAAUUGGAGCACAAUGGCUUAUACUUCCGCUUCUCUUGUAUCAGGGCAAAAUUUGAUCUGCAACUCCAUAAAGUUGGAAGGAGAUGGUGUUAUGUUAUCUGUAAAGGCUGGCGAUACUUUUGUGUAUCCAAUUAUAUAUGGACCUUAUGCAGGAGUUACCUGCUUCCCCCUGCUGCUGUAAUCCCCUAAGCCCCCUGAGAUUGUGUUCUGGGGGGGUCAAUAGACCCCCAGGAACAGCAGAGGUGACACAUGGGGGUCAGCAGAGAGAGGAUGAAUUAAUGGAAAUUACCACCCCUCUUGCAAAGGCUUUUUAUUGCUCAUAAGAACUGUGUGGUUGGGCAUGUGCUCAUUUGCUGUAUGGUAGAUACCUUUUCUAAUGAAUUCUUCUAUUAAAUGAGAUGAGAGUGUUGCCAGGCAGUUGGACACAUGAUCUUACUAUUUGCUACAGAGCAAGUAACAAAAAGAGCGAGCCUGAAGGACAAUAGGAACCUACUGAAAGAAACCUAUAAGAUAAAUUUUAGGAAGUAUAUAGUUUAAGGUGCAGUGGUAGUAGACAUAGUGACAAAAAUUCCAUCUUGUUCUAAAUUUGGGGCUAAACAAAGGCCAGGAUAUGCAGCUAUUAUGUUUCUUGUUAACAGAGCUACAUGCUUAACUGCUAGGUAAUCUAACAGUAAGAUUUCCAACAGUGUAUACUUACGGUAUAUAGAAAUAAUACAAUUUAAUAAUACCUUACUUUUGGGGGUAUUAGCAAGAAUAUUAUUCUAGAAUCAACAGAUCUGUGGAUGUCUCUGUUAAAAUUUAUGCUAUUUAUUUAACCAAACUGUUGUUUCUAUUAAGAAUGCUUAUUCUUUCAAAUGAAUGUAUUACUUUAAUAAGCAAAACAUGUAUGCUUUCCCUUGGCCUCAUGUCUCAGUAGUACUGUAAUAGAUUUGACUUUAUGAAAUUAUUUUGUUGUGUUUUGUCACAGAGAUUCUGCUUUGUUCUGAAAAAAUACGUUGUAUGAUAUCUUAAUAUAAAUAAAGGAAACAAAAGUUAAGUACAGUAUAAA